AUGCAGAAGCAAUCCGAGAAAACACUAUCUAAAGUUGAAGUUCCACUGAUCACUACUAAUCAACCAAAAGCACGAGAAGAGUUUAGAGAUAGAUCAACAACCUUAAAAUGUCCAUCAUGUGGAAAAGAUAUAUCUACACAAUUAGAAUAUCAUAAUGGUUUAUUAACUUAUGCAGCUUGUAUCGGUAUAUUCCUUCUUGGAGGAGCUUGUGGUUGUUGUUUAAUACCAUUCUGUGUGAAAGCGUGUAAAGAUGUGGAUCAUAAAUGCCCAAGUUGUCACAGAUACAUUGGAUCUUAUCGUAGACUAGGAGAUUGAGCAUUUAAUAUUAGAAGAUGAAUCAAGCUAAUUAAUAAUAAUGAAUUCAUACUCGACAUAUCAAUAUCAAACUCUCAUAUAAUUACAGUUUUAAAUCAUUUUAUUCUACUAUGUAAGCUUGUUUAUUCAAUAAUAAUACAAAUGUUU